AUGGUGCCCAGUAAUAAGAAAGAAAUGGAUGAAAAGGUGAAAGGGGAGGGCUUCCUGAUCCUCUCAGCGGAGGGCUUCCUGAUCCUCUCAGGAGAGGGCUUCCUGAUCCUCUCAGUGGAGGGCUUCCUGAUCCUCUCAGCGGAGGGCUUCCUGAUCCUCUCAGGGGAGGGCUUCCUGAUCCUCUCAGGGGAGGGCUUCCUGAUCCUCUCAGGGGAAGGCUUCCUGAUCCUCUCAGGGGAAGGCUUCCUGAUCCUCUCAGGGGAAGGCUUCCUGAUCCUCUCAGGGGAGGGCUUCCUGAUCCUCUCAGCGGAGGGCUUCCUGAUCCUCUCAGCGGAGGGCUUCCUGAUCCUCUCAGUGGAGGGCUUCCUGAUCCUCUCAGGGGAAGGCUUCCUUGCCCUCAUUGAGGAGGGAUAUCCUCACCCUCCAGCGAAGGCUUCCACACCCCUCCGUGUUGGCUUCACAUGA